AAAGUUGGCAUUCGCAACAGGAAUUGCGGUUCAGUUAUUCGUUGGUUGCGCCGAUGAUAACUUUUCGACGAAUUAUCGCGCGCCCAUCGUAAGUAACCAUGGGUGAGAUCUAUUCGGUCUACGAGGCGGUCGAAAGCUGGAUACAAGAGUUGAAAGGUUCGAAUAAUACGAUCCGCAGAACCCGUAUACCCGAGACGAAAAUCACGAUCGAAACGAACGACACGGUAUACGAUCACGAGAUGUGGAGGCAAUCGUUCCUGGCCGAGGCGCCGGCUCUUCGUGAUCUUCUGUUCGGUGUGCCGACCGAGAACAAUCUCUUCGAGAUCGUUUGCACGAUCAAUCGGUUGAUCUUCUUCUACGUAAUCAUUAAGUGGAUCAAUUUCGAGUUGAUUUGUGGUGGCUAUUCAUGGGAAGUCAGAUGUGCCUUUAGAGGUAGAGAAAGAAGGGAAACAAAAAAGAGACAAACAACUGAAAGAUAUAAAUGGAAAUAAAGUAGAAGUUUUUGUGUAAGAAAACAAGCAAUGUUUUAUAAAAUAUUAUUUUUGUAUCGUCUCUUUUUUUUUUUGCAACUCUUGAAAGCGUUAUUUUUUCAUAUGUGCUGUAAAAUGUUUCUUUUGUAUUUUUUGUAUUUCCUUGGAAGUUGUUUAUUACUGUGUUGUUUAUUUGUUUAUCGAACAAAUUAAAUUGUGAUUAUUUCAUCGUGAGAGAUUUUAACGAAUAAAAACGAAAGUAAGUAAUUAAUUAAUUCAAACGAGAAAUUGUUCUUUCAUUCUUUUAAUUUUAUUGUCAAUCGGAUACGUUAAUUAAAAGAAACACGAUACAAAAA